AUGAAGAAGGAGUCGCAGUCCAUGUUUGCGAAGCGGACGCGCCCCCCGAAUGCGCCCCACAGCCUUGGCGACGUACCGCUCUUUGUCCCGACCGAGCACCUCGAAGACGAAGCUGUCAAGACGCACGACCCUGGUGCGGUCGAGGCGUGGGUCAACGCCCAUCUCCUGCGCGGUGCGAUCCAGUUGAUCCCGCUCUCGGGCUCGUAUGUGGCCGACGACGCGUCGCACGAUGCGAAGAAGCAAGCGCUCCUGUACCAGAGCAAACUCGAGUACAACGAUAUCCAAACGAUCUUUUCGCCGCCCGAGAAGAGCCCGCUCGAAGGCGCGGGCAUUGACUCGGGCUCGCUUCUUCGCCUUGGCAUGCCCAAGGCGAUUGUCGACCGUAUUUUUCGCGGGCUCUUCGUGUAUUCGAGCGGGUUUCAUACGCUGAUCCAUGAGAUUGGCCGCCACUGCCCCGCGUACGCCGAGUCGCACAUUGCGGCCAACAUUUGGCUCACGUUCCUGCACUUGCUGGAAAAGUGCGAAGACGGCCGGUACGAGAUGGCCAUGCUCAAGUUCAACCACGCGACGGCGGUCUGGAAGCAAAAUGCGAUCCGCGAGUACGAGCUCCAGACGUCGACCUUGCAAGCGGCCAUCGUCGCGGCUCACGCAGAGACACACGCCGAGCGGGCGAUCGUGGCCGAGCGUGUCGCGGAAGUCACCAGUCGGGAUGCGACCAUUGCCGCCUUGCAAGCCGAGUUGCAAGCCGCGCACGAGGCCACGGCGGCGUCUGACGACCUCGUGCGCCUCGCCAACCUCGAGAUUCUCGAGCUUGAAAACACGGUGGCCGCAACGCGCAAGGAGCUCGCGGACACGAGCCAAUCGCUGCACGUGGCGUUGGCGGAAAAGUCCAACCUCCAAGGCGAGUUGACGGGGUACAUCCACGAACUCCAAAACGUCGACGAUUUCAAGGCCAAGGUCGACGAGCAAAAGACGCGCGCGGCAGACCGCAUGCGCGAGCUCCAAGCCGCCAACCAAGCGAUCAUGGACGAGCUGGACCUCGCCAAACGCGACAUCAAAGCUGGCUCCAUCGAGCGGCUCAAGCACCACGCUGCACGAGAAGUGCUUGCGCUCAGCAACAUCAAGCUCGAAGCCAAGGUCGCGUCGCUCUCCGCCGAGCUUCACACGGCCGUCACGGCCCUCGCGGCCAAGACGAGUGCACUCGACGAAGCUGACGCAACUGUGCUUUCGCUGAAACAAGUCAUGGAGAAGGACCGCGGGGCGUGCGCAUCGUUGACCGCCGACGUCGCGGCGCUCACGUUGCAAAUUGGACAGCAAAAGCGGGACUACAUGGUGCUCGAAGCCCAGGCGCAGCUGCUCUUGAUGGAGAAGAAGAACAACCAUAUGCGCGAAGGCGACCGGCUCCGCAUCGAGCGCCUCCUGAACAAAAAGGUCGAGCUUGAAAAAGACAUCGAGUCCAUGCGCAUCGAGCGAGAGAAGAGCCAAGAGCACCUCUGGAACGUCCGCGCGAGCCUCGAGUCGGUCGAAAACGAGUUGCAGCUCGCCAAGCGCGCGUUUGCGACGAGCCAGACGUCGCUGCAGCAGCUCGACAAGGUCAACGAUCAGCUGCGCAGCCAAAUCGCCGAAAUGGAGCGCAACGUCGAGCGCAUGACCAUCGGGUUCAACGCGAUGAGAGACCGGUGCACAGUCGUCGAAGACGGCGCGAAAGCGUCUGUCGACAAAGUGGAGCUCGAGCUCAAAGUGGCCAUGUCCCAGAUGCGCGAGAUGGCGUACACGCGCCGCGAAAAUGAAUGCCAGAUCCACGACCUCGCCAAGACAAUCGAGGCCAACCACAUGGAGGUCAAAAUCCUCCAUCAACGCCUCGAGCAGCAGGACAAGAUCAUUCGCAACAUGACGGUCGAACGGGACGCUCUCGUGCGGGAGAAGCGCGUGCUCCAGCUCGAGUCCAACGCCAGUCAGUUGGUCAUGUCGCAGCUCAACAAGUCCACGACCGGGCUCAUGGACCGCAUCCGAAAGCACGAAGUCACAUUUGACGAAGCCAUUGUCGAGCUCAAGGGACAUUACGAGCACGCGUUCGCCUUUGGCCAUGGCCAUCUCGAGGCAUCACUCGGGAGCGGUGACGGCCAGCACGUGUCGCUGCCGAGCAAGUCGGCGGCCGACGUCAUGCACAAGAGCGUCGUCGCCGUCAUGGCGCUGAUGGACAUGCGGCACGAGAACCCGGCCUUCUCGACGACCAAGCGGCGCCACUCGCUCAAAGGGCAUGAGCUCAAGGUGCAGUGCGAGUACCGGAUCGUCGAGCUCGGGCAGGAAAUUGCACGGCGCGAGGCCGAGCGCGUCGAGCUCUUACGGCUCGUCGCCCAGCGCGACGAGCACCUUUUGGAGGAGAAGCAGCGCACGCAGGUCGAGAUUGGUCGUCGCAACAUGCACGCCGAGCGCAGUCUCUUGGUGCUCGAGGACUUUGCCGCGCGCUUGCUGCGCUUCCGCGCGUACGAGCAAGCGACGACGCGCAAGAUCAUGGACCAAGAAUUCGAGCUGUACCAGUACAAGCACCGCGUCGCCAACCUCCGCGACCGUGUCGCGAUGCUCAAGCUCAUGCUCGACCAAAGCGGUAUGGCCGAAGAAGAUGCCAGCGGGUACCUCACGAUCGAGAAAAUUCGGUUCAUCACGCGCGUCGACGAAGCGAUCCAAGCUGUCGAAGACAUGGCCGACGGCAGCACGCAGACGUAUCCGCCGAAGCGGUCGCCCAUCAAGGAGCGCGCCAAGCUGCAUGGGAUGGACUUCUCUGGACCCGAGAGCGUCCUCACCAACAUUACGUCGCUGAUUCCGGACGAGGAGCUCGACCAUCACUUCUUCUCCUUGACGCACCACGGCCGCGACGCGACAACCGAGUACGCCCAAGGCCACUUGCUUCGGCGCAGCAUCAUGAAGACCAAAGGCGCCGUCCUUCCCAAGCUGACGCAGGCGUCGCUCGAGAAAGCGCCGCACCGCGCACCGUUUGUACGAACGAACGUGAUCGCCGACUACGAGACGCAGUUUGGUCUCCACGCACGCAUCGCGAUGGGCGGCGUCGGCCCCUUUGCGGUCUCGCGGCCGGUCUCCAACCCCGAAGAUAGCAGCAGCGAACUUGGCGACGACUUUGGUCCGUUCGCGUCCUUUACACGGGAGAUUUCCGAGCACGACUAUAGCUCGCCCCACUUGACGUCGCCGCGUGCGAAAAAUAUGACGGCGACGCGCGUCGUGGGGGGCGGGGGGCGGCUUCAAUCGGUGCCGAAAAAGAGUCCCGUGCCGCCGCCGAUGCGCCCAGCGCAGCGCCAUCCAAAAGCCCACGGGGUGCGGCGCGCGCGCCCGACGCGGCACGACAUGUCGCAGAUUAUCAAUGUACCGAGUGACACGGUCGAGUACGACGUGGCCGUGCUCGACGCGCUACGGACGCAGCAGCCCGUGUACCGACACGUGGACGGCAACGGGCUGCAGUACCAUCUCGACAACGCAACUCUGCAAGACGACGACGACGACGACGACGACGGUGGCAAUCGGCUGGACGAUUAUUUUACGACGAAUGACGACGGGAUGCUGGUUGCGCGGGUCGAGACGCAGCCCAAUGCACACGUCCCGACGCUGCUCGAGCAGCGCAUCAAGGCCCACCACCAAGCCAGUACGUCUGAAGGGCCGCAUGCGGGCUGGGAUCUCCGCGGCAACAACCACGUGCUCCAACUGCACGGCGAGAGCACGCCGCUGCCACCCGUCUUGUACCCGCUCACAAAGAGCUAA